ACGUCCGGCGUUUCCCCUCUCGCGGCGAGGCGGGGCAGCGUCGCACGGGAAAAACGCGGGCUAGAGGCUCUCUGCGGGCUACAGCGGUGGAAUGGCACGUUUUGGGGGCCUGGUCCUGCGACCCUGGAUUCGAGAGCUGGUCCUAGGGUCAGAGGCACUCUCAAGCCCUCGGGCGGGGCAGCUGCUCAAGGUACUGCUGGAGGCCAAGACCCAGAGCCCGUCCGGUGUCCCUGAGCUGCCCGACGCGGAGGCCGUGCUGCUUGUAUCCGACGGGACCCACAGUAUCCGAUGCCUAGUGACGGGUGAGGCCCUGAACGCCUCAGACUGGGAGGAGAAGGAGUUCGGCUUCAGAGGGACAGAAGGCCGGAUGCUGCUGCUGCGGGACUGCAAGGUCCGCGUCCAGGUCGCCGAGGGAGACACGCCCGCGGAGUUCUACCUCCAGGUGGACAGCUUCGCUCUGCUGCCCACGGAACAACCCCGGGAACAGGUGACUGGUUGCAACGAGGACCCAGAUGUACGGAAAAAGCUCUACGUCUGCUUGGAGGAGCACCUUUCAGAGUCCACCUCCUCCAAUGCAGGUCUUUCACUGUCCCAGCUUCUGAAUGAGGUAGAGGUGGACCAGGAGCAUCAGAAGGCAUUAGUGCGCCUGGCUGAGAGCUGUCUGAUGCUGGCAGGUCCUGACACAGCAGCCCCCAUCACCCCCUGGGCUGCCUCUCGCUGCAGAACCACGGGAGAAGCUGUGUACACUGUCUCCAGCCUCCGGCUGCACAUCUCUGAGAACGACCAGCAAGUCCUGAGCUCUCUGGGCCCAAGUCAGAGGGCACAGGGCCCGGAGCGGUCCCCGUCACACCUGGCUCUGCAGGACCUGUCGCUGAGUCUGAUCUCCUCCCCUCCUUCCUCACCCAGUUCCUCAGGAGCCCCUGCCUUACCCAGCCAGCUGCUGUCAAAGGAGAACAGUGCCAGCGUCAGCCUUCUGCCUCCUCUGCCCUUGGCUGCUCCAGACCCAGUGCAGAAGGGCAGCUCCCAGCCCCUGUCAACCAUCUGCCCAGCCCACUGCUCCCUGCCCCCCGGGUCCCCACAUCCCAGCUGUGUACCCAACACCCCACUCCUGAGCUGCACCCCAAGCCUGUCACGCCUUGGCCAUGCCCCCAGUGUACACCAGGCCCAUGUAAGCAGGGCCCAGAAAGCUAGCCUGGAGUUCAAAGAGCUUGGGUUACCCCCCAAGACCUGGCAGCAUUCUCCAAGGACAAGAACCACCAAGGGAGCCCUGGAAUCCAGCUGUGUCUGGGACCCCCCAGAGAGGCAUCGUGAUGGUUCUGCCUUCCAGUAUGAGUACAAGCCACCUUGCUCCUCCGUGUGUGCCCAGGUCCAGGCUGCCAGGCUCCCUCCCCAGCUCGUGGCCUGGGCGUUGCACUUUCUGAUGGAGCCACAGCCGGACUCUGAACUGACCCAGGUGUGAGGGCUCGUGGGAGGAUGUGUGCACAGAUCCAGGCCUGAGGGCGGAUAAACAGAGCUCCACACCAGCUUCCUUCGAGUUUUUUAAUAAAAUAAUCUCAUGCGGCA